AUGAGUUAUUACAACAAAACAAAAAGAAAAUGCAAAGUAAGUUUUGUAGACAUCGAAUUGGAGGCUUUCAUAUUUGGAUGCUUCCUUUAUACAUGGAAUAAACUAUAUACAGAUGAUGUUAAAAAAAAAAAAAACAACCAUAAUAAUAGUAGCAAUAAUAAGGGUAAAAUUAGUAAGAAUAAUAAUUUGUCACACAUCAAAAAAACUGAAAUUCGAAAAUGGAAUUAUCUUAACAAAGAUACAGAAAAUAGUUUAAUAUCUUCUACUAAUGAUAUUAAUAAUAAUCUUAUUAAUAAAAAGAAUAAAAAAAGUUAUACAAACAAAAGUAAUAGCAAAACAACAGAGACAUAUGAAAAGGAUAUCAACCAUGAUGAAAAUAGCUAUUCAGAAAAUAUAUCAAAUGAAUUUGAUUGUAAAUUAAAUGAAGAAUUUCAAGUGAAAAAUAAAAUAAAUAUUAUAGAAUUAAAUAAAAAAUUAUUAUAUUUUGUAAAAUCGAAUUUUUGUUUAAAAACUAAAGAUUUUAAUAUUUUUCAUGAUUUGUAUUCUUUUUACACACAUAUACAAGAAAAAAAAAAGGGAGAUGAAAUAAAAUUACAAAAUAAAUUUUUUCCUUCAAACUCUCAUUAUCACACAAAAGGGUCUAAUAAUGAUAGUUGCAAUAAUAAUACUAUCUUGAAGGAAGCUGAUAAAACCCGAACAAUACCAAUAUAUAAAUUUUUUAAGCCAAUUCCAGCACGCAACCAUCAAAAUGUUAGGAAAUUAAAUACACCAACAAACCAAACUAAUCUAAAAAAAAAACAAACAAAAACAAACAAUCAUCAUUACAAUUACUUGCAUCGAUAUAUCAAUCGGAAUUGUAGUCUUUGCGAUAUUUUAGUAAACAAGGGAAAGAAUUUAAAAUACAAAAAGUUCAUUCAUGUAUGCACAAAAAAAGUUUAUGGAGAUAAAAAAUUUGACAUGAUAAACAAAUGUAUUAUAAAUAUAAAAACAUUUGAUGAUAGUUUUAUUCAUUCAAUUACUAUAGAACGACUAUUUAGCUAUAUAUGCAAAGAGAAUGAUAAAAAUUUAUAUUUUUUUUGGUUUAAAUUUUUAAAUGUCUUAUUUAAUGUUACUAUAAACAAACAACUUAUGAUUAAAAUAUUUUUUUUUGUAUGUAUAAAAAAUUUAUUAAUAUCGUCUUAUUUUAAUUCAGAAGAUGAUAUAGCAAAUCAAGAAUUUCCUAGUAAAAAUAUUUUAUGUAAAAUAGAUAAACAAAAAAAUACAUUUUUAGCAGAAUUUGUAAAAAUAAAUAAAUGUGGAAAUAUUACAAAUAUCAUAUUAGAUAAUAAUUAUAUAUUAUUACAAAACUUGUUUGAUUAUUUUUAUAUAAUAUGUUCAACAAGAAAUAUGAAAUUUUAUGAUAACUUUUUUUUAAACGUUCAAAUGAUUAACUUUAUUUAUUUAAUUCAAAUUAAUUUCUUUCAUUAUUAUUAUGUUAAACUAUAUCAUAAGUUUGUCAAAUUACACAAGGGAAAAGCUACAAGUAGUAACAGUAGUAAUCUAUGUACCUCCUUACAAAAGGGAAUAAAAAAAAGUACAGUUCUUCGUCCAAAAGGAGAUAAUUUAAAUGAUAAAUACUUUAAAAAGAGAACAAGCAUAUUUAAGCCUACCUGCAAAACGAAUCAUCAAAAUGAAAAUUUAAAAGAGGGUCAACAAGUAGAACAACAAAUAGACAAGGUCGAAAAUGGAAGCAUUUCCAUUGAUCACCAUGAAAAGGAAGAUACAUAUAAAUUUGUGGUAGUAGGAAAAAAUUAUAAUAUUAACAAAAAAUAUUACAACCAUUUCAAUUUAAGCUUUUAUAAUUAUAAUAAAACAAAUAAUAUAUCAUCAAACUGGUUUGAAAUUGGGUCUACUAGAGUUACAACGAAUGAAUUAUUACCCAACAUGAACAAGAUGAAAAGUCCAAUUGAAAAAAGAUUAUUAACAAAUCAUAGGAUAUAUUUUAAAAGAUUAUACACAUUUUUAAAUAAAUAUAUUAAAACAAAUCAAUUAACAAAACAAAGUAAUAUAUUUUCCUUCAUGUUUGAUGCAUUACCUUGUUCGAAUUUAAAAAAUUGCAUCAACACUAUUUUAGAACCUUAUAUAUUUUACAUCUUAAGAAGAUAUACAUUUAUAGAAAUAUUUAAUUUUAUUAAAAGCUUAAAAAAUUUAUAUAAUUUAAAAAAGAAUAGACGAAAAAGAACAAAUUUAAGGCCAAACGAAAAUGACCCAACUUUAAAAUUUUUAAAUGAUAUACAAGGACUGAAUUAUCUUUAUAAUGAUUUAAAAAGUGAUUAUUUAACAUUAACUCAAAAUUUGUAUAUAAAAACAAAAGGAGAAAAUUUAAAAAAUAAGAAAAUAAUAUUAUAUAAAAAAUAUAAAUCACAAAGAUAUAAUAAAAGUGCCAUACAAAAUCUAAUAUAUAAUAAAAAGACAGAUAUAUAUAAAAAUGUAGCAAUAUAUAAAUUUUCAACGAAAGAUUUUAAUUUACAACAUAAUUUAUUUAAUAUAUAUGUAGAAUGUAACUUAUUAAAUAAAGCAUAUAAACUAGUUAUAAUCGAUUUUGAUUUUUCUUUUUCUUUAACAUCAGAAAUUAUUUUUUUAUACAAAAUUUAUUUAAUAGAAUUAAAAAAAAAUAAUAUAUUAAGAUCGUUUGAAAUUUUAAGUAUGACAUUUUAUAAAUGCUUUAUUUUGCUAAAGAAAUAUUUAUGUAAUCCAACAUCUUUCAAAUUAUUAUCUCUUGUAAGUAUACACCUUUGUCAUAUGCUUUAUAAUUAUCCCUUUUUAUUAAAGCAUUUGUCUUUUUUUCCAAGUAGCAAAAUUGAGUUUAUUACAAAAUAUAUUAUAAUGAAUGAUAAUGUUAAAGUUACUGGAUAUUCAAAUAAUCAUGAAUUAAAAAAUUAUUUUUCUUCUUGUCUUUUUUUUUCUUAUACUAAUAAUAUAUCUAAUCGAAAAACAAAUGACACUACUUCUGCAUAUAUAAAUGUUGAAAACAAUUAUGAUGAUAUUAAUAAUAGCAAACUUAAUAAAGGAAAACAAAAUUAUCGAAGAAAUAAUAUCAAUAUGGAAUUCAAAAAAAAAAAUAUUUUUUCCUUUGAUCCUCUCAACUUUACUAAACUCACAAAUAUUAAUCAUGAUAAUAAUAAUAAUAUUGGGAAGGGAAAUAAAAAUAUUGCAAAAGAUAUUAUUAGUGUAUAUCAAAAUAAUGACUAUUGUUUGAACUCAUUCAAUAAUAUAAAUGAUUUAAAGUAUGGGAUUAAAAUUGAGGAUUAUGAUAAUAAAAUAAAGAAUAAAAGUAAAAUGAUCGAGGCAAAUAAUUCUUUUUUAUUUUCUACAGAAAUAUCAAAACAAAAUGAAAAAGCACACUUUGAUAAUAAUAAUUAUUAUACAUAUAACAAUGAAUUUAAAAACGCUAUAAAUAGUUAUGCUUACAAUAGUAUGAAUACUACUAUGAUAUUCCCCAAAAAUAAUAUUACACAUUGUGGAAAUGACGGAAAUACUUUAGGGACAAGACACACCUCCAUACAUAACGCCAAAACGACAGAUAAUAUAAACGACAAUAAUAAUAAUUUUCCUUUUUUAAUCGAUGAAGAUAUAGACAAUUAUGAUUUUUUAAAUAUUCACGAACAAUUAUAUGUAAAUAAAAUUACAAAAGGAUUUAAUUUUAUUCUUAAUCUACUAGAAAUCACAUUAAAUAAUAAUGAUAAUUAUCUUUUAAAUUAUAAUAAUAAAAAUCUAAGCAUAUUUGAUCAUAAUCCAUUUAAUAAAGAGGGCAUAACCAAUGAUAACAAUUAUACUGAAAAUAUAUGUAACCUAAAUAAUUUUAUAAAAAAAAUAAUAAAUAAAAUAGAAUCAUAUCUUAGUACAAAUUUAAAAAGGAGAAAUUUACAAAAUCAUAUAAAACAUUUAGAUAAAGAAAAAUUUCGAAAUCUUUUAUACGAUUCUAAAAUGAUGAGAUCAAUCAAAUCUUUUUAUGAGGAUUCGUAUUUUUUUUGUUUGGAAUUUUUAUUUUUAGCAUAUAUUUGUUCAAAUUAUUUUUCAGAUAAUGUUUCAAAAAAUUAUAAUUUAUUUUUAAAAAGUUUUAACUUUAAUGAUGUUUGGCCUAGCAAUCAUCAAAUCAAAGUUAAAAUAUUACUCUCUUUAAUCUAUAUGUUUUUAUAUGAAAUUAAUUUAAUGGAUUUAAGAGAAUUUUUUAUUCAAAUUUUAAAAAUCAUAUUAUAUAAAUUUUAUAAUUAUUUAGAUUAUAACGAUUUAGAAAUAUAUCAAUACAUAUUUUUAAACAUAUCAAAUGAUACCUUAUUUUCUUACUACACAAUUACUGAUAAUAUUUUAGACACUUUAAAUCUUGACGCUUCUAAAACAUAUAAAGAAUUUUUCUAUAUUUUUAAUUUAUCAAAGAAUAAGCAAUUUAUUUAUCAGUAUCUGAAUUGGAGUAACCAAAACAACCAAAGUGAUAACAACAAAAAUGGCAAUAAUAAAAAACGUUUUAUCAAUGACCUUUUUAAUUUUAUUAUAAAUAAAAUGCAUUCAUCUCAUAAUAAGCCUAAUGCUAUAAUAAAUAAGUUCGAAUCAACUAAAAUAACCUCAUAUAAUAAUGCCUUUACAUAUUCUAAAAAUCAAUGUACUACCAAUUUAGACACAAAAAUGGGAGGGGAAAAAACUAAGGGGGUACACACAUCACCAUCUCAACAAUAUAACGACCUUACUAACAUUUCAAAUGCCAACAGUUAUAAUAAAACAACCUUUUUUGAUACAAUAAAUAUUGAAGAUCACAAUUUAAGUAAUAAAAAUGUUGACACAAAUGCAGAUAACAGUAUAAAUGAAGGUCCACAUACAAUUAUUUCAAACAAAUGUAAAAGCAAAAAAAAAAAACACACACCCAAUAUAAAUACCAAAAUGAGUAACAAACAAGAUUGUAGAAAUAAUAAUUCCGAUUAUAUCUCAUACAGUUUUGAUAAUUUUUUAAGUGAAAAAGGGUUAGAGAAAAAUGAUUUCGAAUUUUUUAAACAAAAUAAAAAAAAUAAAAAUAGUGCUGGAAAUGGAUUUUUUGAAAAGGUCCUAACAUACAUAAAUAAUAAAAAGUCAAAUAAAAAAAUUAAUAAUGGUGAUAUGAACAUUUGGAAAAAAGAUGAAAAAUGCAAUAUAUUUUCUAUUAAGUAUAGAGAUAAUAAAAGUAUGAGCAAAAAAGUAAAUACAAAUGAUAAUAGCAAUUUCUUUUGUUCUUCGAAAAAUGAAAAUGAGACAUACCCAACUGAAAAAAAUAAUGUAGAAAAUGAUUAUUGUAUGAUAUUAAAUUAUUUUAAAAUAAAUAAAGAAAUAUAUAUAGAUAGAUAUAUAAAUAAAAAAAAUGAAAUAUUAAUAAAUAUACAACAAUAUAGGAAUAGAAUAAAUUAUUAUGGAAAUACAAAUCCAUAUUAUUAUAAAGCUCAAAAAUUCGAAAAAUAUUAUUAUUUACCUGAAGAUAUUUCAGAAUCAAAUUGUUUUAUUUUUGCACAGAAUAAAAAUAUUAUUAGAAAUAAUUUUAUAUUAGAAAAAAAUAAUUAUGUUCAUAUAUGUUUAGAUUUAUUAAAUAUAAUAGAUCUAUAUAUGGAAUUUAAAGUAAAUGCCUAUAAUAAAACCUUUUAUUUUAUUAAAAAUUUAAUUAUCACAUGUGCAAAUAUAAGUUUUUCAAAAAAUCUAACUAUUAUAUAUAUUAACUCAUUAAUCAGAUUAUGUCUUUUCGAAUUCAGAAUGAAGAACAUAUUUAUCGCUUCUAACAUUCUUGUUGAAAUUCUCAAUAAUUUUGAAAAAAUUAAAUAUUACAAAAAUUUAAUCGGAACUAUUUUUUAUUUGAGUGGCCACAUAUUAUUACUACAUUUAAAUCAUGACGAAGAAAUAAUAAAUGAUCAUCAUAUUAAAAAUAAUUUAAUAGACAAAUACAACUAUUAUACUAAUUUAAAAAAAAAUAAUUCCCUCGCAAAAAAUAAAGGGCAUAAAGAAAAUAGUAACACCAAAAUGAAUUUUGUAUUCUCGGAUACUUUUGUAAACAUUAACUCACUAAAAAUUCCUGAUAAAGAUAAAAAAUUUUCAAACAGUUCUUUAAUGAUAAGCACGGGAAGAAGUAAUAGUAAUAAUAAUCCCUCUGUGUUAAUACAUAAAGGUACACACAAAAAAACAAACGACAUUUCUUCACAUAACAACAAUUUUGAGGAUAAUAUAGAAAGCUGUAAAUUAGAGUCCGACGAUGACAUAAUGAGUAUUGAAAAAAAAAAAAAUUCCAAUUUCACAAAAAAAAAAUAUGCAAAAAAAUCAAUACCGUUAAUAAAAAAUCAAAUAAAAAUAACAGAUUAUUUUUCAAACUUAAAACAUGAAAAAUCUCCAGAUAUUUCAUCAUAUACAAACUCUGAUGCGUCUGAUAAAAAUAUUAACAAAAGUAACUCAUAUAAUAAAUAUCUUAAAAAAAGAAAAAUUAAUAACGAAUUAGCUAGCCAGGUUAAUUCACAAAAAAAAGUAUUUAAGUCAGCUCAAAAUACAGAAGGAAAAAUUACUUAUGAUUUUUUCGAUGAAAUAAAUAAAAAACAAUUUUUCUUACUUUUAAUUUGUUUUUAUUUUAAACAAUCUUUAAAUUAUUGGCAAACUGAUGGAGAUGCUAUAGGAAUUGCUAACGGAGUUCAACAAAAAAAAAGAAUAAAAGACGCAUAUUUUUUCCUGAUGUGUUCAUAUAAAUUUUUUUAUAAAUCUUCUCUUUUCUUGUCCAAACAAGCCAACAUACAAAAUUAUAAAUUUCCGUUUUUUAAUUAUGAGCUCUUUAAAAUUUAUUAUAAAUUUUACACUUAUUACAAAGGGAUAUUUAUUAAGUGUACUAACGAGAAUAUUAUUAAUAUCUUAUGA